AUGGCCGCAACCACCGAACCGACUACGAAGACACCAGGGGGUGUCCCGCGAGCCACGCCUGGGCGCGGCUCGCCAGCGCGUGCGCCUACCGCACCCGCAGUCGUCAACGAUGGACCCGCUUGCGAGAGCGGGAAGCGAGACGAUAAGAUCCUCGCCGCGCUCGCCGCACUCACCGAUCGACUGGCGAGCCUCGAGUCGUCGCAGAGAGUGCGAGACGAGGAGGAGCGCAUGCUCGGGGCCGUGGAGAGCGGACUGUUCGCCUCGAAACUCGGCGCCAACAUGCGUGACCGACCGAUGACGAUAGACGCGAUCGGAGAAGCGGAGGAGAAGGCACCGGUGUCACGUGGAUACCAGCGCGCGACUGAUCUUGGCGCGUCGCGAUUCGCAUCGCUCAGGCCACCUCGCGCGCGAGCAGCACCGCAGCUGCAGCAGCGCGCACCAGCGUCUGCGCCACCUCCGCAGGAGCAUGCAGCGCUACCUCCGCCGCAACAAUUCGCUCCGCCACAAGCCUAUGUGCGACCGGGCCUCAACGGCUACGGGAUGCCGUCCGCUAGCCAGCGGAAGUUGAACAUACGCAAGUUCGAUGGUACGGAGCUGUACCGCGGACUCGGGAGCGGAUUCUUUGACCGGGGGCGUACGUUUCUGCGCGCGGUGAGCCUCGCGGAAGCGUCGUGUGGUUUCGGAUGGACCGAAGACGUCAAGGUCGACCUGCUUGGGCACUUUCUCGCCAGCACGGCUAAGAGGUACUAUCACAAGCAGGUCGAUACCUGGUGGACGCAAUCACCCACACUGGAGUACAUCAUGGAGCAGCUCCUUCGCACGUUCAAGACGUCAAUCACUGCAAGCCAGGCGAUGAAGUUAAUCAUGGCAAAGAAGGACGCACGACGCACCUGGGCCGAGCACUUCCUGUACAUGGUCGCCGUCAGCGAGGCACGCGGUGGUUCCGACUCGCUUGUUCUUGAUAACAUCGUCCACCACGCUUCGCCGGAGCUGGUGAACGUGAUGCGCUCCAAGUAUGAGACCACUCGACUCGACUACCUGCGCCAUGCUGAGGAGCUGGCGCACUUCGCGCAGUCCAUUGAGCACGGCAGCAGCGCGGUGGGUCGCCACAUCGCAGCCAACUGUCGCGCGCGAGUCGUGCACGAAGACGAGACACCCGCGGAGGGCGGAGGCGCCAGCAUGAUACUUGCACUGACCGAGAAGCGCAGAGCGACCACGAAGAAGCGCAACAGGAGGAAGAAGGGCUCGCGCGGCAAGGACGCCGCAGCGACCAAUGUAAGUGAUGGGGCGCGAACCAUAGACGACUCAUGCGGCUUCGUGCUUACGACGAGCGACGGAGUAAGAGCCACGGACGGCACGAGCGGCCUCGUACUUGCGGCGACCGAUGCCACGGGCGUCGACCGAGGAGACUGGAUCCUCGAUAGCGGCGCGAGCCGGCAUCUUGUCAACGACGAGUCGCUGCUGCUCAAGUCGACGGCUUGCAGCCACGAGAUUGCAAUGGCAGACGGCGAGUCGCUUCACCUGACGCGUGUCGGCAGCGUGCGCCUCGAGGUUCUUGCGCGCGGCGCUGAAGCGGUAGUGACGCUCACGGAUGUGUACUUGGCGCCGCGACUGGCAAAGAACAUUGUGUCGUACGGCAAGCUCGCCAACAAAGGAUUUGCCCUAGUGCACUCCGGCGAAAGGCGCUCGCUCGCUCGGUGCAGAGAUGGUGCGGUCGCGUUCGAUGUCACAAUCGACAGCAACGUGCUGUAUGUCGUGACGAGGGCCACGCGCGACAAGGAAGGUGCAACGGAGACGCGAUCAUGGCGGCGCUCGAAGCGCAUGCAACGGAAACCAACGCCGAUGAGCCGCACGAAGCCUCGCUGUUGCACUGGCACCAGAGACUCGGGCCACGUUGCGUUCGACACGAUCGAACGCAUGGCGCGCGAUCCGGCAUCGGGCAUUCGACUCAGCAACAACAAGCGUAUGGCGUGCGUGUCGUGCCUCGAAGGCAAGCAGAAGCGCAACGCGCAGUCCCAACAAGACAGCGGCAAGAACUCGCCCAUCGAUCGCAUCGGCGGCGUCAUCUGUUCGGACCUGAAGGGUCCAAUGACGCCGCGGGACCGACUCGGCAAUCGUUACCUUGUGAACUUCGUUGGUCACAAGAGCAACUACUGCCGAGUCUUCCUCGCGCGCACGAAGGACGCUGCGGCGAGGCAGUUCGAGGCGUUCCUCGUCCACUUCGAGAAGAUUUUCGGGUUCAAGGUCCACGUGCUCCGCACGGACGGCGGCAGAGAAUACGCCAACGUGGACCUGUUCUGCGAGCGCACGGGCGUCGCGCGCCAAGUGUCGGAGGCGCGAAAUCAGGCCUCAAACGGCAAGGCGGAAAGCAAUGCACCGGACAGUGCUGAACCUUGCGCGCAAGCAUGA